CACACACAGACACAUACUCAUACACACGCAGAGAUACACGAGAGCACAAACACAAACAGACAGACAGACUUACACAUACAUGGAUACGGAGCCCGACUUGGCUUGGCUGUUGCUUGCUUCCCCCUGGACAUCUACAGUAUUUUUGACUUACGAGCAAGGAGACACUGACACUCAACAAACUACUAGUAUAACUCAGUCAACCGAGUGACCAACACAGCGGGAGGUCUUUCGUAGCCCAAGUACUGGGUACAAUUUCUCUUCCUGAUUUUCCAGAGUCACUGAACAGGCUGUUUACUGCCACAGUCUGGAAUGCUGUUGGAUCCUUGUUGACAUUCAGCAGUUCUGGAGCCAAGGACACAGGCUUUGCACCUCUGGCAUGCUAGCUGGAGGGUGAUUGUAUUUUGUGUUUGUGUCUGUGCAGUUAAGAAAAGUGGACCAGUCUAAAGAAAGACUACAACAGAGCACCGGACAGGACGGGACAACAGGAUGGGAGGCAAGCAGUCCAAGAAGGAGGAGGAACUGAAGAGGCAGGCAAGGAAGAACGGCGGUCGGGAAGAGAGCCUGAAGUCUGCCGAUCGAAUCCGCCAGCACACCACCAAGCAAUUCGGACAGAUCGUCCUUACUCUGGCGCGCCGAGGCAUGACGGAACCUCCCGAGGAACUCUGGGAGCUGGUGGAGCUCGAGAAGCUCAACCUGUCGCUGAAUCGUCUCCGCGCCAUGCCGUCCACGGUGGCCGUGCUACAGAACCUGGUUGUGCUGAACCUGUGGGGAAACCAGCUGGCCAGCCUGCCGCCGGAGAUAGGGCAGCUGCGGAGACUCCGGGUGCUCUUCGCCUACCGCAACAACCUGAGCGAGGUGCCCGAGGAGCUGGGCAACUGCACCAAGCUGGAGGUGCUGAGCCUGGCCAACAACCAGAUCUCCAGCCUGCCCGCCAGCCUGUCCGCCCUGUCCGCCCUGCGCAAGCUCAACCUCAGCCACAACCGCAUCAUGCACGUCCCCGGCUGCGUCUACACCAUGAAGAGCCUGGUGUUCCUGCACAUGGCCUGCAACCAGCUGGAGAACAUCGCCGACCAGAUCCAGGCACUGUCCGACCUCAAGAUCCUCAUCGUGGAGGGCAACUGCCUCCACACCCUACCCAGGAUGCUUUGCUUCCUCACAAAGCUAGAGCUGCUCAAUGUGGACUUCAAUGACAUCAAAGACGUGCCCGCGGAGAUGCAUCAGCUGAAGAGGUUGGAGAGGCUGGCCUGUCAUCCGCUGGACAAGGGUCUGCACAUCAUGCAUAAUCCACUCAUUAAGCCUAUCAAGGAGGUGCUGGAAGGGGGGCUUACUGCCCUUUACAACUACCUCAAGGCUACAUAAGGAAUGCUUUCACAGCACUAGAUGUGCUCCUCAUGUGUCCAUCACCACAUAUAAGAAGACUAUGGCACACCUGUGAAUGUCUCUGGCUUUCAACUAUUUCUUCAGCCCAAGGAAGUCAAACUGUUACUAACGCAGGAUGCACGUUGUGAUGUAGUCUAAUGUUAUAUUGUCAAAUUGGUGUAACGGACACUUUCUCACUAAUGUCUGUACUAACCAUAGUGCAUUUCGCACACUUUGUUGGUCUGUAUUCAAACUGACAAAGACCAAAUAUUUUUUGGAGGUUUGGUUGCACUUGUUUCCGUGGUUAAACAAGUAGACACUUUCACACCGCAAAUAAGAUUUUGGUUCCAAUAUAUGGUACUGCUUGGUGUAGAGCAGCUGCUGUUGGUGUGAAUGCCCCUCAGGAGAGAUCAGACCCAUGCGGUGCGGGGAAGAGGACCCAGCUCCCACUCUUCACUCACACGGAUGAUUGCCUUACUUAUUUUGAUAAGAGACUUUGAGAGGGCAGGACUGAGAGGACUUGUUAUUCCCCUUAGAGGACUACUUAUUUUCCACUCCUGGGUGAAAGGUUUUAUUUUAAGAAAAUCAGUUUUGUUAAAAGUCUAUAGAGAAUAAAUACUCAAGUUACCUAAAGGCAACUUACUGUAACAUUGAACUUUAAAUGAUCAUUUGAUACUACAACUUUGAACAUAUACGUAAGUAGCAAAUCAAUACUACUUAGAAAUUUAUUUAGCUUUACUUGGCAUUGUGUAACACUUAAAUAACGCAAAUAUAUUUUGUGAUAAGGUACAUAGGACAGAGGAACCUAUUUGUAAUUCCUGCUGACACCAAAGCAAAUGGACAACUCUGUGGUGCCCACUAUUAUCACGGAGGCUACUUUCAGACAAAGGACCUUCAAAGCCACAGUGAACAGAAGACUAAGGAGGAAAGAAAAAGGAAAAGGAAGAACUCUUGCAGAGGAUUAAAGGCCAUUAAAGCCCGGAGAAAAUAGCCCCUCUGUAUAACAGAAAGGUUGCUGAUGUUACGAUCUCUCCCGGACCAGUCUGAAGUAGCGGGUGCUGUGGAGUGGGCGGGAGGCAGCGAGACUACAUUUAGGACUCCCGUGUGCACAUUAAACAAAAGUUUUGUGGACAUAGCAGUUGCCAUUCGAGCAAGCUUCGGGUUUCUAUCUCCUGU